AUGGAAAUCUCAUCUUCAUCAAAAACCAAGCAUGGUUCUUAUUAUAAAGCUGAUGACUUGAAAUAUGAUGGCAUCAUAUACUUGCAUUUGACUGAAAUCAGUUCAACCAAGAUCUCAGCCAUAGUUCAGAUAAAGCUGUCAACUGUGAAGAAGAUUAUUAAGAGAUUCCAGAAGGCAGGCUCACCCUUGUCUGGAAAGAGCUCUGGCCGAUCUAAAAUAGUAAACAAGAGGACAGAAAGGCACCUUGUGCAGAUUGUUUGUACGGACCCAUUCGCCAACUAUGAUCAGCUGAGGUUGGCAUUGAGAGAGAUAGAGAUUUUUGUCUGCAGAGCUACAGUAAUCAGCUCCCUCAGGAAUCUUGGCUUUGGUUCUUAUAUUGCAGCUCAUAAGCCAGCUUUGACAGAAAGACACAAGAAGACAUGA